CCCCCCCUCCCCUUCCUCCAUGGUCCAGGUGGAGAUGUUGAGUCUGGGAAGAGAAAGCUGGAUUGGAACAAUUCUCUCUACGCUGGCAACCUUCCUGCUAGUCUGCUAUGCACAGAGCCCACCCUCUGGAAAUAUAUCAGUGGUAAAGAAAACAGUUGACAAGUUGUUGAAGGGAUAUGACAUCCGUCUGCGCCCAGACUUUGGAGGGCCCCCAGUGACUGUAGGUAUGAGUAUACACAUCUCCAGCAUUGACCAGAUAUCUGAAGUCAACAUGGACUAUACUAUCACCAUGUAUUUCCAGCAGAGUUGGCGAGAUAAGCGCUUGGCAUACACUGCUUUGCCACUCAAUCUCACACUGGACAAUCGGGUUGCUGACCAGCUAUGGCUUCCAGAUACUUACUUCUUAAAUGAUAAAAAAUCCUUCCUGCAUGGAGUCACAGUCAAGAACCGAAUGAUCCGGUUGCAUCCAGAUGGCACUGUCCUUUAUGGACUGAGAAUUACAACUACAGCAGCUUGUAUGAUGGACCUACGCAGAUAUCCUCUGGACCAGCAGAACUGUACUCUGGAGAUAGAAAGCUAUGGAUAUACAACAGAUGACAUUGAGUUUUUCUGGCAAGGAGGGGAGGAAGUGGCUGUUACUGGAGUGUCUGCUCUGGAGCUCCCCCAGUUUACGAUCAUUGAGACCAGACUGGUGACUAAGAAAGUCGUAUUUACUACUGGAUCCUACCCUCGUCUAUCAUUGAGUUUCCGAAUUAAGAGAAACAUAGGAUAUUUUAUCCUCCAGACGUACAUGCCAUCCGUCUUAAUCACAAUCUUAUCUUGGGUUUCCUUCUGGAUCAACUAUGAUGCAUCAGCAGCAAGAGUAGCACUGGGUGUGACAACAGUGCUUACUAUGACAACAAUAAAUACUCACCUAAGAGAGACACUGCCCAAGAUUCCAUACGUUAAGGCCAUUGAUGUUUAUUUGAUGGGAUGCUUCGUCUUUGUAUUCUUAGCUCUUUUGGAAUAUGCUUUUGUUAAUUAUGUUUUUUUUGGACGUGGCCCCCAACAACAGAAAAAGCUUAAUGAGAGGACAAACAAAGCAAAUAAUGAGCGCCACCGUUAUGAAGAAAGGAGGGUAAGAGAACAGGUGGAUCCAUAUGGGAAUAUCCUCCUCAGCACUCUUGAUAUGAGCAGUGAAUUGAUGUCAGCUGAAAUGGGCAGCAGUAUUGGUGACUCCCGGAACUCUGUCCUGUCAUUCGACACCUCUGGGAUUCAGUUCCGUAAGCAGCUAACCUCCAGGGGUGAUUUUGGCCACACUCCUCUGGAGCGCCACGUGCCCCUAACGGGCACACGUGGACGUACUAACUGCCGUCUGCGGCGACGUUCCUCUAAGUUAAAGCUUAAAAUUCCAGAUCUGACAGAUGUCAGCACUAUUGACAAAUGGUCCAGGAUAAUUUUUCCCAUCACUUUUGGAUUUUUUAACCUGGUUUACUGGAUGUACUAUGUCAACUGAGACAUUUUAUUGCCCAUCCUCCUACCCAGAGCUGCACAUUCCUUUCCUUGCCACAGGACACAAGCUUCACUGGAGUCCCAAUCCCUCCUGCUACAUCAUUUCAAUUUUGGGCAGGAGGGAGAAGCAUUCUCUCUGUAGUAAAAAUAUGGGGCAGGGCAACUGCACUUUUUUGUCAUUUUUUUCACCAACUUCCUUUUUCUCAUGCUACUGUUUGGAUGUUAUGGGACAAUCUAGAUGCUGAAUUGAAAAUACAUCUUUAUAAAGACUUCAUGAUUAGGAUGAUAAACUCAAGUCCAUGUAACAAAUCAUUUUUUUAAGAAAAAUAUAUAGGUAGAUGUACAAAGUUAGGUUGGGGAAUAAAAAAGCAAGCAGAGGAAGUUUUUAUAAAUACAGUUUCAAACUUUACACUUUGUGCUAAAAGGACUUCAGAGCUAUUUGUAUCAAUGUCAAGUAUUCUGUCCAGAUCAAAGACCUAUAUAGCAGAACAUCUCUUCAACAUAAUGUAUGAGUAUUUAAUUACUUUGGAAGAACUUGGGUAUUUGACAAAAAGGUUAACCACAAACGCUUAAGAAAACUGGAUUUGUUUAAAAACCGUGUCCAACUACAUCUACAGUUUCAAACAGAAAUAA